UGUAAGCGAUGGAGUUGUAACGUUGAAAGAUGUUGAACUCUAUUUGGUAAGACUUCGUAAACGUACAACAUAUUGGCGUGUGCAUACAAAUUGUUAGCAGAAGAGUGAAACUGUGGUGUUACCAUAAAUACAAGAUGCCGACAAAUCGUGACAUCAGUGAACUGUAUUGUGAAGCGUGUGCUUGCAUGGAACAAGGCCUUUGCUAUGAUGAAAUCGACGACAUUGAAAAUGCACUGGCAUUUUAUGAUCGAAGUUUGUUGCUUAUAAAAGAAGCAGCGAAGGGAAAGAACUUCAAAAAAAGUGCCAUGUAUAAAGUAGUAAUGGAAGGUAAGGGUCGAGUGGAAGCAAGGAUGAAGGAUUUAAAUGCAAAUAAGAAAAGACAGAAACAAGUCAAAGAUGCCGCAUUGGACAGCGAAAAGAUUGAAAUGGAAAAUGAACAGUUCUAUAACAAAAAGGAGUUGAAAAAGCAGAUCGAAUCAGUGCACACUAUAGAGGCAGAUCUGAUAUAUUACAUACCAGAUGGAGUACAGCUCUUCAUUGUUGAGAAUGAAAGUACUUCAACUCCAACUAUUCCUUCUUCUCUAGAAAUUUUCCGGUUCCCUCCAAAUCAAAAAGAAACUAUCCAGAUGGAAGCAUUUAUGCAGGUUGGUCCAUGGUCAUAUCCAUUGGUUCGUGGAAAAACACCAGUUUUGAAAAAUGAUUUUGGCGCUUACGUAAUGCCAAACCCAACUCCAGAGCAUCCAGAUAUGUUUGUUGGGAUCCUUUUGCCGAAAAAUCUGAACACUAAGGAUGAAGAUGAUUUCUACUCAAUAUUGAAGCAUUACACCGAGGUACGAACCCAGGAACUUGCUCGCCAAAUGAGUAAAGAAGAAAGGGAGCAUCUUAGUCAGAAAAUUGGCGAUUUCUUGAUGAGAGGUGGUGAUUACUUGGCAACAAAUAUAAAUAAUGUUGGCCAGAAGACAUCCAAAAUCGUGUCUGACAAAUCAGCACAAAUUCGGUCUUCACUUGCCCCAGAUCAAGAACCACUGCAAAUAAAUUCAGGCAUCAGAUUCGGUAUACAUUAUGUUCACAAGGGUAGCAAAGUGGUCGCGAAGUGCACAAAGUAUCUAUUGGAUAAAAUUGGGGAUAUGGGUAUAUUAGUUGGGAAGAAUUUAGCGUCUGGUGCAGAGAAACACCUCGGUGGUAGUGGGAGUGGUGUUGUUCAUGGCACAGUUUAUGUAUUGGGAAGUGGUAUCACCAGUGCAAGUACUAUAUGGAUUGCUCUCGAAAAUGUCUCUAAGACAAUGGCUAAAAGUAUUGCUGAUGAAACGGUCGAUACUGUGAGGCAUAAAUGGGGUAAUCAAGCUUCGAUAACAGCACAUGAAGCACUAUACGCAACCGGUCAUACUUCUUUGGCUGCUUUGCAGCUUUGGGAUCUUGGUCCACGAUCUAUUGCCGGUCGUGCAGCUCGUAAAGCAGGCACGCAAUUUGUUACUGAUUUGUAUAAGAAGCGAUCAACUCCACGUCUGGAAGAUACGAAGAAGGGAAACAUUCAGACAUGAGGAUUAAUUCGUUUCCAAGAUUUUUUAACCAAAUUUAGAGUAACUGAAGGGAUCGUUUUCGAGACAUUUCUUUUUUUUACUGGUUCGAACAAUUCAUUCUUCCACAUUUCACCUAGCCAUUUGCUUCUUUUCUGUAAUCAUUGUUUUUGAUUUGGAUUUACCCGAAAUCUUUGAAUAC